CAGGCUUAAUAAUAUAAUAAGAGAUGAAGAAAUCUAUGGGACAAAGUUAUCGUAAAAUAUAAGCUGAAUUUAGGUAUAUAGUAUAUAUAUUUAUAUAUAAUAAAUAGAUCACAUCGACCUCAAUUGACAGAAGUAUAAAGCAUGACAGUAAUAACAAAUUAAAGUAAUUUAGUAUUUAUUCUUUAAGAUGGAACAAUGAAAUUCUCAAUAAAAGAAUAUCUUGAGAGAUAAAGAUGUAAUAUAAAAGAAAAGAAAACUUCAUAAAGUGAUAAUUUUCUAAGAAAGAUUGCUCCUAUUAAAUUAGAGAAUUAAUUAAGCAAAAACAAUUCACCUCGAUUUAGAAUUAAAUUGGUUUCAAGUCCAUUAAGUACUAACAGAACAACUCUUUCAAGAUCUCCUUAAGCCUCAACUUUUCGAAAUCGUAAUAUACCUUUAGAAUCAGAUUAUAUUUGUGAAACUGAGAUGAAUAUAUAAACAGCAAGAAUAGAUAGAGCAUUUUAAUAAACUGAUAUAGAUGAAAGUACUUUACUAUCAACUAAGACACCUACAAGAUAAGAAAAUAGAGUUUAAAAUUCUUCAGUAAUUAAAACAAUGAAUGCUAUUAAUUCUGCAGAUGAAGAUGAUCAAAAUUUAUUGAAAGAAUAAAUUAAACCUCCAAAAAGAACUAAAAAAUAAUUAAGACAUUGUUUACUUCGAGCAUUGAAAAAAUUAAAAGAAAUGAAUGUCUCUACCAAAAUGAUGGUCUAAAAAUAAAUAUUUUCUAAAAAACCUUAUUAGAAGCCUUAUUCAUAAGAAUUUAUACACGCUGUCAAAUUGAAUCAAAUUGAAAAAGUUCAUUAAUAUCUAGAAAAAAAUUAAUACUUAGUUUUUGAUUUUGAUUUCUUUAAUAUGUCUGCCUUGCAUUGGUCUAGUAAAAAAGGAUUAUAUGAAAUGACUGAACUGUUAAUAAAAUAUCAUGCAGAUGUUGAUGCAAUUGAUAUAUUGAAUAGAACACCUUUGUAUUUAGCUAUAUAAGAAAAUAAUAUACCUAUUAUUGAAGUAAGAAUAUUUAUCAAUUUUUAGUUACUUUUAAGAAAUAAAGCAUAUCCUUGGUCUACUUCAGUAACUGAUUUGGGAGAAGUGGUUAAAGAUAACAAAAAAGUUCGCAAAAUAUUAACUUUGAUUAGAAGAGUAAUUAUUACAAUUUAAUUUAUAGUUGGACAUUAUCAACAUGUGGGGAGAGAAAAAAUUGAAAGAAGAAUUUUUUUGAUUUGUUUAUAUAUCUUUAUAAUGUCGCCAUUCCUAU